AUGCGCGAGCGCAAGUGCUGCACCGAGUGCUCGCGGCGCCGCCGCAAGGUCAAGGAGUGCAAGCCGCGGGGCCCCGGCCGCAAGUGCUGGACGUGCCAGAAGUGGAACCGCGAGUGCAGCUUCGUCCACGACUACCCGCCGGCCCUGAAGGGCCUCGUCUUCGAGCUGAGCCGCGAGGAGAAGCGCGCGCUCGAGCAGCAGCGGCGCCACGACGCCUGGCUCGCCGCCGCGGGCGGCGGCGGCGCGGCGGGGCCCGUCCCCCCCCUCCAGCCGCCCGGCGCGCCGUCGCCGAAGCGCCCGCGCGUCGCGCCGCGGCCCGCGUCGCACGAGAUCGCGGCGGCCGCGGCGCGCGCGGCGCUCGCGCUCGGCCCGCGGCAGGCCCCGGGCGGCGCCGAGGCCGCGGCCGAGGCCGUCCCGCCCCACUACGCGGCCGAGGUCGCGAUCCUCGCCUUCGCGGCGGCGUCGGCGCCGCGCGCGCCCGUGCCCGCGCGGCCGCCGCCGCCGCCGGGCGCGCCGACCACGUCGCUGCUGAUUAGCGUGCCCGACAUGAUGUGCGCCGCGAGCUGCGGCAGCGCCGUGCGCGGCGCCCUCGACGCCCUCGCCGGCACGGAGCUGGUGGGGGUCAACAUUCCGCGCAAGCUCGCGCACGUGCGGACGACGCAGGACGCGUCGGCCAUCCUCGGGGCGCUGCGCGGCGUCGGCUUCCCGGGCAGCGUCGUGAGCGAGGCGCCGGGCGACGGCAUCGAGCCCGCCGCGGCGCCGGUCGCCGCGGAGUUCGCGCUCGCGGACUCGCUGGGGUUGUUGGUGGAGGGCUGCAACGCGCGGACGGGCGGGCCCUGCAACUGCGGGCCGUCGUGCAUGUGCCACUUCUGCCCCGAGCACCACCCCGAGCGGAGCGCCAAGCUCAUGGAGGAGCUCCGCCGCGCGGCGGCGGCGGCGCCCGCGGUCGCCGCCGCCGUCACGGUCUCGCCGCCGGCGCCCGCGGCGCCGCCCCUGGUCGCGCCCUCCCCACCGCCUCCCCCCUCCCCAAAACCGGUCCCGGGGGCCUAA